AUGAACACAUUUCACCCGUACCACCGCUUUAUGAGCGACGCGGCCAUUAACCAAGCCAAAAUUGAGCGCGGUCGUAGCAAGACCAACGAGAAGCGCACAUCCAAGCGCGACGGUGAACAAGGCGACAGCGACGACGAUCUCGGCCGCGUGCCCAUACUACCGACCAUGAACACGUUCCAUCCACACCAUCGCUUCAUGAGUGACGCGACGAUGGCGCAGGCCCGUAUUGCGCGCUCUCUCAGCAAGACCGACGACUCCAAGGACGGAAAGAAAGCAGCAGGCGACGACGGGCCGCGCGAUGCCAACCUCUCGGGCUCGAGUAUUUCCAACCGCGUCUCUGGCGACAGCGUUGCGAGCACCGCGUCCAAGUGA